CCAAAGGCAUCAGGCAGUGGCUGAUUAGCUCAGGUUUACAUCACCCAGCCGGGGAGCCGGAGCUAGGGGCCCAGCGCCCACCGCACACUCGCAGCGGAAGCGGCGUCGGGUCCGCACGCGUCCGAGCUAGGAGCGGGGACUGGGGCUGGACCGGGAUCCGGCGCUCAGACGCAGAGAAGCUGGCCCCUGUCCAUCCGAAGGGGCCCUGACCUGGACAUCCGUGGAGCGCGGCCUCUGAUCGCCUGCGGCUCCGGGACCCGCGCGGGACGCCGGGGCAAGAUGCGAGCCACCCCUCUAGCUGCCCCUGCCGGUGUCCCUUCCAAGAAGCGGUUGGAGUUGGAUGAGGACUUAGAUGCUGCUGAGUGUCCUGUCCGGAAACAAGCCCGAAGUGCACCCCCACCCGGGCUGCCUCCCUGUCUGCUGCCUCCAAGCCCACUCUCUGCUCCAGACCGUGCACCUGCUGUGGCCACUGCUUCCAGGAUUGGGCCUUACAUCCUUUUGGAGCUUGAGGAGGGUGGACAGGCCUACCGGGCCCUGCACUGCUCCACGGGAGUGGAGUAUACCUGUAAGGUGUACCCGGCCAGUGAAGCCAGGGCCGUGCUGGAGCCCUAUGCGUGGCUGCCCUCCCACAAGCACGUGGCACGGCCCACGGAGGUUCUGGCGGGCACCCGGCUCCUCUACACCUUUUUCACUCGGACUCGCGGGGACCUGCACAGCCUGGUACGCAGCCGCCGCUGCAUCCCUGAGCCUGAGGCCGCCAUGCUCUUCCGCCAGAUGGCCACCGCCGUGGCACACUGUCACCAACACAGUCUAGUCCUGCGUGAUCUCAAGUUGCGACGCUUUGUCUUCACCGACUAUGAAAGGACGAAGCUGGUGCUGGAGAACCUAGAGGACGCCUGUGUGCUGACUGGGCCUGACGACUCGCUGUGGGACAAGCAUGCAUGCCCAGCCUAUGUGGGCCCGGAAAUCCUCAGCUCACGGGCAUCCUACUCAGGCAAGGCAGCGGACGUCUGGAGCCUGGGCGUGGCCCUCUUCACCAUGCUGGUCGGCCACUACCCCUUCCAGGACUCAGAGCCUGCCCUGCUCUUCGGCAAGAUUCGCCGUGGGGCCUUCGCCCUGCCCGAGAGCCUGUCAGCUCCAGCCCGCUGCCUGGUCCGCUGCCUUCUUCGCCGGGAGCCAACCGAGCGGCUCACGGCCAUAGGGAUCCUGCUGCACCCCUGGCUGCGGGAAAACCCGACACCCUUAGCCCCAACCCGAUCCCACCUCCGGGAGGCUGACCAGGUUGUCCCUGAUGGGCCAGGGCUAGAGGAGGCCGAGGAAGAGGAGGGAGAACGAGAGAUCGGUCUCUAUGGCUAGGGCCACUCUACUAGACUCUCAGCUGCAACCAGGAGGUUGAGUCUGGGGUGUUGCCAGCUUCUCUCGUCUCUUUGGACCAAGUCAUACCCAAAGUGCCUUCUAGGAGGAGAAAAGGAGGGUACCUGUGCAGCGUGGGUAAUGUGCAUGUCCAUACUGCCUGGGCGCUGACCACGUGCUAAACUCUGCACUAGGUGCUGGGGCACAGCUGGGAGCACAGGGGGCAAGGCUCCCUGCACCCCGAGUCAACAAGCUGGUUCUUGAGCCACACCCCCAGGUCAGUGCCUUCCCUGGGCACACCAUGCCCCUGCCCAGGCAUGUCUGUCCAUAGACAGUCCUCGCCACCAACAAGGCCGCUGCCCUGUGUCUCACACCUGUUUAGGGGCUGGGAAACACCUCUGUGCCAAUGGCUCCAGGCCGAUCCAACUCAGGACCCCAGAGCCCAGGCCACGCUGGGAAGCCUGCUCCCAGAGUUCUGCCUUCUUGAACAAGACAUUCUCCUUCCAGGCCUGAGCCCAGGAUUUGGGCCAGGAGAGCAAGAAUCCAAACUCUGAGUUUGGUUCUUAUCUCAUUCAAGGAUUGAUAUGAAAUAAGGUUCCAGGCCUGUCCAUCUCAGUGGCCCCUGACCUGAGCAACAAGGUUAGGGGAGGGAGUUAGGCAGGGUCAGUCUCGUGGCCACCCGGAAAGUCCCAGGCCCUAUGUGGUGACACUUGGGGGCCAGGACCCCAGUUAAGUACUUUAGAUUUUGGAUACCAUGAAUAUGUAUUUUUACUUUGUACCUAAUAAAGGAGAGUUAUGAAAUUCUUU